CGUCUGUCUGCCUUCUGCACUGAGGAAUUCUCUAUUAAGACCAGUCACUACUUCUGCUGUAAGAAGAAGGGGAAGGCCAGGUGGAGCUGUUUUGAUAAAGAGGCUUCAGAUACUUCAUAUCACGUCGUCUCCGAAGACUCAAAUGCCAACACUCAAAAGAUUCAAGGCUUCAAAUUUAACCCCAGUGCUUGCAAAGGCUCAUUGGUGGCUUCUCCAAAAGCUCUUAUGAAGCAGACAGCAGUUCCAUCCAUCAGCUUUCCACCCGGCCGCCCCGAUUCCUCCAACAUAGCGCACAUCUGCGCUCACCACAAGAUGCGACCUCGAUACGUGCCCAAGUGUCUUCCUCGCACCGGCUACGGCUGGCUGGUCCGGCAAUCGAAGGCAAUCAAUAUCCUCGAGAGAGAAUACAACCAGUGCUGUAAGGAGAAAAGGGGCGAACAACGCUGCGCAGAAAAGAAGUGGAAGAGGAUGGUGGAUAGGUUUUGUAAAGAUGAGAAGAAAGCCAAAGGAAGGCAGUUUGAGUGUUGCGGAAAGAAGAAGGGGGAAGAGCUGUACUCCUGUUUUGCAGUUUCUGCUCCAGAUCCAGAAUAUAGAUCCACUGAAGGAGAACUCAGCCCUCCUUCUGCUCCUCCAACCCUCCAGGAUUUAUGCCAUACGCAUACGGCUAUUCAGAGCAUGAAGGGUUUCCCUUUUUCUGUGGAUCAAAUGGUUGAUCGGUGCUGCCCUCUAGUGUUAGAGGAGAGACCUGCAUGUAUAGAGGCAGAGCUCGACAUGCACCUGAAUGAUGUGUGUGAAGCGGAGCUGGCGAAACCUCAUUGCUGUGCACCCAAAAUCAAAAACCGUGUCAAAUGUGCCACAAAGCUGCUCCUGCGCUAUAUCGGCAAGGCGGAUAAAGACAGCAGGAGGAAGAACUGCCCUCAGCUUCUGUUGGUCUGAGUCAGACAGAACCCCUGAUGCUGUGACCGCGGAUCGGUUUUCUACAGACGUUUCAAUAUAUGUACACUUGAGCUGAACAAAGUAAUAUAUGUACACUGUGCAAACCGUUUUGUUAGUCUUCUAUGCAGUUUUAUUGCAAAAUCUCUUUUUACAGAUUAGCAAGAGACAUUUUUCAGCAUUUUUAUAUAUAUAUAUGAAAAAACUGCUUGGACAGUUCAAAAUGUUUUGUUUACAACGUUUCCCCUCUGUUCCCAAAAUGACCACAAAUUAUUAUAUGUAUAUAAGAUAUAAAAAUAAAAAGUCUUCUGUAAUUGGA